CCAUAGCCCGAUUGAACUGCUUCAGUAGCCAUUACCUGCGACAACAAUCUUAAAACAUGACAUCUGUCGGAGGCGCGAAUGUCACUGGUGCUUCGGCGCCAGAUCCUGUCAAAUUGUUGGUCAUUGAUGGUGGUGGGGUUCGAGGACUGUCAGCUCUCGUGAUCCUUGAGCAACUCAUGGACGCUUCCAACGAGUAUCGAAGAGACCAAGGUCUUGAGGCUCUCGAGCCAUGGCAAGCGUUUGACAUGAUUGGUGGUACUAGCACCGGCGGACUCAUUGCGGUCAUGCUUGGUCGCCUUCGCCUAUCUAUCGAAGAAUGCAAGAAUGCAUACACGAAUCUAGCGCGGAACGCUUUCACGCCGAAGAAUUGGGCCUCGUCAACCGCUGCGAAGGUCACAUUGGGCCCCAAAUUCAAGACGGCACCGCUGGAAGAAGCGAUCAAAUCACUCAUUGGAGAUAACGCAAAUUCUGAGCUACUCAAAGAAAAUGAUCCAGUUUGUAAAGUUUUCGUCGUUGCACACAAUCACAAGAUUUCGGAGCCAGUUGUCUUGAGAAGCUAUCGAAACAGACGGAAGCCAAAGGCCUCCUUUGAGGUGAUGCGGAUAUGGGAGGCUUGCCGAGCGACGUCCGCUGCCUUGACAUUCUUUGAACCAAUUGUGGUAGGUGACCUGAAGUACUCCGAUGGCGGCCUCCAUUAUAAUAAUCCGGUCGAGAUCCUUCACGGCGAAGCCGGUGAGGUUUUCCCAGGCCGUGAGCAAUUCAUCGUCAGCCUUGGCACUGGUAUUGGGACGCCCAAAGAAUUUCACCCAACCCUUGCCAGCAUUGCCCAGACGUUGGCAGAUCUCAACACCCAGACUGAGAGGACUGCGGAUAACUUCUAUCGCCGUGAGGAUAGCAAGGCUGCCAAGGCUGGCCGUUAUUACCGCUUUAACGUUCCGGGUAUGGGAGACAUUGGACUUGAAGAGGCAGACGAGCUACUCAAUAUUCGUGUUCUGACCGAAAAGUAUCUCGAAGCCUCUGAGUUGGGAGAGAAGGCAGAUGCUUGUGCCAAGCAGAUAGCAGCAGGUGCGUACCAUGUCUCAGAGACUGUGCACUCACUGCCCCACUCACUCGAUGGAGAGUACGAGCCCACUCAGCUUGGUUUCCGCGAGCGGUUGGACGCUUUGCGUGCUCCGACGUAGAGCUAGAACUUCUUGUAUGCUACAAAGAC